AUUUCUCAUCAGUACUGUUUCGUAUAUCAUAUCGUUAGCACCCGCUCUAUCAAAAUGUCUGGCCGUGGCAAAGGAGGAAAAGUUAAGGGAAAGGCAAAGUCCCGCUCGAAUCGCGCCGGAUUGCAAUUCCCAGUUGGUCGUAUCCAUCGUCUGCUUAGGAAGGGUAAUUAUGCGGAGCGCGUUGGUGCCGGUGCUCCAGUCUAUCUGGCUGCCGUGAUGGAAUAUCUGGCUGCUGAAGUGCUUGAAUUGGCAGGAAAUGCUGCCCGUGAUAACAAGAAGACCCGUAUUAUCCCACGUCAUUUGCAGUUGGCCAUCCGUAACGAUGAGGAAUUGAACAAGCUUCUGUCUGGAGUUACCAUCGCUCAAGGUGGUGUGCUGCCUAACAUUCAGGCAGUGCUGUUGCCCAAGAAAACCGAAAAGAAGGCCUAAACCAACUAUUGAUAUCGUUGCAACAAAAACCGUCCUUAUCAGGACGACCAUAAAAUUUUGAUGCAAGAGUUACUUUAGAAAAAGAUUUUAUAUAGGUGCAUGAUUUUAAUACCCGGUAGAAAUUGACUAUCUCCUCUCCAUGUCUUUGUUUCAUGCAAGAUAAGCACCACUAACACAAAUCAUUUUUACGCUUUUGAUAACAAAUGGUGUAAAUUUUCAUUUCACAGGGACCAGUUCUAAAAUUUAACAGUAUUUUACAAAACGUCGAACCAAGACGAGCACAUAAAAUAAAUCGAUUAGUUUUACGUAUCAGGGAUUAACGAUGACAAAUAAUGAACAGAUGAAAUAAGGUGAGGUGAAUUUAAAGGACUAGUUUGAAAUAUUUCAAGAAAUAUCGUGCGUUACGCGAAUAAUCAUAAAAACUCGAAUGGUUGUUACAAAUUAUUCAGAAAAAU